AAAAUUUCCCAGACCAAUUAACCUGCAAAUUGUUAUUCUAUAAUGAAACUGUUGUUUUAUUUUUUUCACUUGGUUUUAAUGUUUUGUUCUUGUCAAAGUUUUCAUUUCCAACCAGUUGUGCUCCUGAAAAAAUUUUGUUUUCUUGAAAUGGAUUUCUUGGUUGUCUGGAGUAAUCAAAGAGCUAUUGGUUUUAAAAAACUACUUUUGUAAUGGGAAUUCAACAUUUUUCAAGUUCCUGUAAUCUGUUGUUCUCUGCAGCAAAACUAUAUUUUACCUCCUCUUCCUCCUUCCUCCCUCCUCCUUCCUUCCUCCUCCAAAGUGAAAAAGGAAAAUUACAUGUAUGUUAAUCCUACUUCGCAUUACCUUCCCCAUAAUUCUUUGUUUUGCAAAAAUUGACCUCUCAUCGUUCUGAGGUGCAUGCAUGAAGUCUUUUAUCCAAGUCUGGAAACUUGUCAUUUUUUCACACUUGAUGCAUGCUACUUUUGCUGCUUGUUAUUAUCUGAGCUUUCAUCAUCGCUGAUGGUCUUUUGUUCAUGUUUUUGCAGAUAAGAUCCACCGAAAAAUUGGUGAAGGAACCUUUGGUCAGGUUCUGGAAUGCUGGGAUAGGGAAACAAGAGAGGUGGUUGCUAUAAAAGUUAUACGGAGUAUUAAGAAAUACCGUGAAGCAGCAAAGAUAGAAAUUGAUGUGCUCCAACUGCUUGGAAAGUAUGAUAAAAAUGGAAGCCAUUGUGUUCAAUUACGGAGCUCGUUUGACUACCGUAACCAUAUCUGCAUUGUAUUUGAGAUGCUUGGACCCAGCUUAUACGAUUUUCUUCGGAAAAAUAAUUAUCGCCCAUUUCCAGUUGAUCUUGUCCGUGAGCUUGGCAGACAACUAUUGGAAUGUGUAGCAUGUGUGUAGAUAUUACUUCUACCAUUCAUCUUUUACUUUACAAAGCGUGCAACAGAUUUUGGGGUUCCAAACACCAUUAUUUUACCAUAUGCAGAAUGGAAUGAUUGUCUCCAUUGUGUAACAAGAGAAGUAAUUGGUUACCUUAUGCUUUGUUAUGAUUAUUAAUUUUAUUUGUUUUUAUUUAUAAAAAUAUGCAGUUAUGCAUGAUUUGCGUCUCAUCCAUACUGACCUGAAGCCUGAGAAUAUACUCUUUGUUUCUCCAGAGUAUGUGAAGAUACCUGACUACAAGGUUACUUCCCGUUCGCCAUUAGAAGGAACCUAUUACAAGAGGUUGCCAAAGUCAAGUGCUAUUAAGGUUAUUGAUUUUGGUAGCACAGCAUAUGAGCAUCAAGAUCAUAAUUAUAUUGUCUCUACCAGGCACUAUCGUGCACCAGAAGUUAUUCUUGGGCUUGGGUGGAGUUACCCAUGUGAUUUGUGGAGCGUUGGUUGCAUUUUGGUGGAACUGUGCUCAGGAGAAGCAUUGUUCCAAACACAUGAGAACCUAGAGCACCUUGCAAUGAUGGAGAGGGUUUUGGGACCGUUGCCACAGCACAUGUUGAAGAGAGUAGACCGUCAUGCUGAGAAAUAUGUGAAGAGGGGUAGAUUGGAUUGGCCAGAGGGUGCUGCCUCUAGAGAAAGCAUGAAAGCUGUUCAAAAAUUGCCUCGUCUGCAGAAUCUAGUGAUGCAGCACGUAGAUCAUUCGGCUGGGGAUCUGAUAGACCUUUUACAAGGUCUUUUUAGGUUUGACCCAUCUACCAGAUUAACUGCUCGUCAGGCUCUCAGACAUCCUUUCUUCACAAGAGAUCAGUACAGGAGAUUUUAAGUCCUCCAUCUCUGUUUGGGAAACUCCCCUCACGGUUCCGGGUUUCUCAUGUUUGUCUGUGAAAGUUAAAGUUUACACUUGGGCAUGGCUUUGGGAAAAAAUUACCUGCUUAUGUGGAUUCCAGAAUCCGUAGCUUUAUAAACAGCUAUUGGUCCUGGACUGGCAGGGCAGACCAGGAUUCCAGGAUUCCUGUAAAUUACUUGUUUUUGGGGAAAACAGUCUACAAUUCUUUUAAAACGGUGAUUCUGUGUAGGAAAUUUUUUCCAUUUAAUAAAAAAUGCUCCCGUCUUUUGUUCUUUCCAUU